AUGCUGCGUACCGUUAUACAAAAAAGAGAGGCAUCAUAUGACAAACGAUCCUGUCCUACUAAUCUUGGUGCUCGAAGAAACGAUAUUGGAUACUGGACUUCAUUUAAAGUGGACAUCCUGAUGACAUCUGAAACACCUGAACAAAGAAUUACUCAUGUUUUACAAAAAGUGACUGAAAAGACGGGAAAAUACUUCACAGAACUUGUUGAGACUAAAUGCGGCGCUUUAAAGUCGAAGGAUGCAGUUUGGUUUGACGAUACUAUCAAAAAAAUCAUAUCUGAUUUUGAAAAAAAUUCAUCUGAUGGAUGUGCAAAGAUUCUUUCUCAGUAUGACAUAAAUAGCAAAGGCGCUUUAUUGGCAGAAGCUAAUAAAACAUUAAAACGCCGCAAUAGAUCCUGGCGACCUUCUGGAGAUCCUGAAAAAGAUAUUAGAGCUCAUAUUCUCCCUCUCAACAAAUCUUUUGCGGAAAAUCUAUCUUCUUAUUCCCGGGAGUUGGAGUCAAAAGUGAGUAGAGGUUUAGCCGACUUGAAAAAGCUGCGUAGUACCCUGCAUGAUGAAGUGACUGAAUUUCAAUCGAUUGCAGAAAAAUUACAAAAAUUAUCAAAGUCUACAGAAAACACUGUACCGCACAUCCCUAGUUAUCAUGUCCCCAACAGACAGUAGAUGAUAAAUGAAAAUCUACGUAUUUGUAUUUCUAUCUUGUUAGUUUUUUUUUUCAAUUAAAAUCAAAACACCGUAUCGCUUGAACUGACGCCCAUUGUUGAUCUUCUUUAUUUAUUGUAUAAUUUUAC